AUGAAUAUCAUCGAGGCGUACAGGCACCAGGUCGGUGGGCACUCGCGCUUGAUGAAGCCGCGGGACUCCUCGAAGGUCUACAAGCCUCUGAUUGAAAAUGAGUAUCGCUUCUACGAGAAGCUCUCCGCCCUGGGAGCCUCGAACGCCGAGUCCGGGCCUCUCCACAUUUUGAAAAAGUUCGUCCCGCACUACUACGGCGUCACAGAGGUCUGUCUCCGCGCGGAAUUCCAAAAAGUUGAGGAUCCCCCGGGCGCGAUCCGCACGCCGCUCCCUGACAGCAACGAACCCGUCGCCGCCGCCUCCGCAGCGCCCUCUGCGGCGGCUGCCGCGACGAAGGGCAGCUCAGAGAGGCCGCGCGAGGCUGCGGGCGCCGCCGAGCAAGGGAGAAGGGCUGAGGCCGCUGCGCCUGGGGAUCAAGAGCUGCAGGUGAGCAGGACGCCUGCGGCGGCGCGGCAGUGGGAGGCUGCGGCCGGCGGAAAAGGCAGCCAGUCAGCUGUCGGGUCGGGUUGUGGCUCGGCUGAGCCCGUCGAGGACGGAGGCGGCGAGUCGCGAAAGCGCUCGACGAAUCAUCGCGAUGAUCACAGGCGAGCCACAGACCAUGGCUGUGCGUUCGAGCCUCUGAAGGCGCUCGCGGAGCGCGACAACGACGCGCUCCUUACCGGCUUGCAAUGGUCGCUGACUUCGCCGCUUCCUUCGUCUUCAGAAGUUUCCUCCCUCCUCUCGCGCCCAAGCAGUUGCGCGCCAAGCUCUCUCUACGCUCAGGCUUCCUCGGAACCUGCUAUACCGGCCCCCUCGUCCCCCUUAGCGUCUGCGACCUCAGCUUCAUCGUCGGCUUCUGCUUCUUCGUCAUCUCCUGCUUCUUCUGCAUCGCUGUCUUCUUCCUCUUCGUCGUCCUCUGCGUCUUCAGCGUCGUCUGCUGCCGCUUCCUCUGCGGUGAAGUCGGAGCGAGGCUCGACAGUGAGCGGCCAGCUGCGGCACAUCGUGCUCGAGGACUUGGUCUACGGCUUCAAGAAGCCGUGCGUGUUGGACAUCAAGAUGGGAAAGCGCCAGCGGAAAGUCGGUGCUUCGCCCGAAAAAGAGAAACGGCAACUCGAAAAAAGCCUGAAAACCACAAGCCACGAGCUCGGCUUUCGUCUCUGCGGCUGCCAGUACUACAACAAGAAGACCGACACGCUGUGCUACCGGGACAAGUACUGGGGCCGGAAGCUCACCAAAGAGAAAGUCCCCAACGCGAUUAGGCAGUGGUUCUGGAACGGCUCCACGCUCUAUGUGGAGUUGAUACCCGUCCUGCUCGAGAAGCUCGACAUGUUUUACAGCUGCGUUGCGCAGCUGAAGCACUACCGCUUUUGGUCUUCCUCGCUUCUCCUGGUUUACGACGGCGGCCUGUGUGACCCGGAGGAGCGGAAGAACUCGCUCGACAUUCGCAUGAUCGACUUCGCCAACACAAUCUACCUCAGAGACAACCCCGCGCCGGACGAAGAGUAUCUUUUUGGGCUCCGAAACCUGAUUGGCGGCCUGCAUGCGCUGCUGACGUACGUGGCUGCCGGCCCCCCGGACGCCUGCAUGCAGCCCCCGCCGUGGCCUUCGUCGCCGCAGCCGUCCUCGGCGGCGACGAAGGCGGCGCUGUGUCUGUCAGCGGCAUCGCUAUCCGCCGCCUCGGUGUCGCCCGCAGCCGUGUCCGCUGCGACGCCGUCGACGCAGGCGAGCGGUUCCUCGCGAAGUCAGGGAACGACGGGCGCGCGAGACCCGGAGCGGGCGCGGCGCGACGGUCCCGAAACCCACAGCACAGCGGCGGGAGGUCACACGAAGGCCGACGAUGCCUGCAGGCUGCCUGCUCUCACCCGACGCCGCACGGGCGAGCUGCUGACUCCAGGCGGGGGGCCGCCGGUAAGCUGGAAAUCCGAGGUGCCCGCCGGUGCCUCGCCGGCGACGAAGGACAGAGAGGCGGAGGACCCGAAGAUAAGCGGAACGCGGAAGUUGCGCAGCGGCAGCAGUCAGAGUAGCAGCAGCAGCUUUAGCUACAGCAGGAGGCCGUUGUCGACAGCGGAGCGCGUCAGAAGGUCUCAUGAGGCCAGGGGACGUCACGACGAGGAGAACGGGGAGGACGAGCAAGUAGAUGGAAGGGACGCGGUGCUGGACCGAAGAGCGGAGGAUGUCGCACUAGCCAAGCAGUCGAGGAGGCAGGAAGCAGCAUCGUCUUUGCGGCAAGACAGCAAGCAUCGCAGCGAGCACGGGCUCCGUGAGAAGGACAGAAGCCACGAAGCCUCGGUGGAACAAGAAGGCUACACCUCGGGGGCCCCGUUCACAGCGAACGUGCCAGCGUAUGACAGGCGGGAAAAGCGCCGGUCGGGACGCACACCCGACUCGUCCGCUGUACGUGUACAUCAGCCGCCCGUGCAGGCGAGGACUGAACCGGCGACUUCGCCGAGUUCCUGCGGUCCUGUCGUCGAGCUACGUCCCAGGUUGCCCUCUCAAAGAGAGGCGCCUCUGCCUCAUCCGGCCGAUAUCGAAACGCCUCCAGGCAGACGCAGCAGCGCGCUCGCUGCGUCAGAGAGCGACACGUGGGGUCGAGAGGGGUGUGACGAAGUUGCGCGGAGCGAGGUGUGGUCGCGGAAAGCAGAGGUCUAUGAGGAGAGGAUCCCAACGCGCUCGCCGGCAUCGCGCCAGUCAGCCGCUACAAGUGAAACCGAGAGAGUGCACAGCUAUUUGCAGCUCUACGCGGCGCGCGCACGACGACGUGGUGACAAGGAUGUCGAGCGAGAUCCUCCACAGGGCGACGUGUGCACGCCGAAGGUCAGCGGGGCGGCGCCUCCCGGUGUUGGCGGCACCACGCCCUCUGCACGUGGACCGAGACCCGCGGCGGCGCGCUCUGGAGCGGCAACGCCUCUCCCCCCACCAAGCGCACACGUUUCCGCUUCCCCAUCGGACAGGUCGCGCAUGCCGGAACUGAUGGGAAAGCCGCUCAACGCGAGAGACGCCAGCCCCCCCCCCCAGUCCUUCUCAAUGCGCGCAGCCGCGGCUGCAACUCGCGGCGAGGCGACGCGCGAAUCCGCGCACCGACGACGCCUUGCGAGGGGAGCGGCAACCGGCAGACAGAGACGCCGGAGGCGCGACAGGGCCUUCGAAAGCGGCGCCUGCCUUCGGCAAGGGGCCGCCGGAGUGGGAGGAGGGCUUUGCUGGAGGAAGAAGAGCGAACCCUCGCCCUUGCCGCCUCGGCGGAGGCUCGACGCAGCCGCGCCGACCCUCGAGGUGCCCGAAGCGGCUGCAUCGCGUCUGCCAUCUCCGUCGCCUGCGGAACUUGCGCCGUCGGGUGACGCCUUCUCGGCGUCUUCGCGCGUGGCAUCGGAGAGCGCGGCUGCCCCUCCUUACGUUUUCGACGCGAGCGAUGAGGAGAGUCGCCCGGCGCCGCCGCCUCCGGCGGAGGCGGACGUUUUUGCAGAACCAGAGGCUGCGCCGGGUUCGUCUGGGACGGCAUUCAGAGUCGCUGGGUCCCCGGCUGCGCGAUCGGUUUCGCCCACGGCGUCGCCUGCGAUUUCGAUCUUUUACCGACCAGAGAGAGAGCUUCUGUCCAUUUUGGAAACGCACAGCCGCGACGCAGCCCACGCGCGAUCGGGUGGGCAAGACGGCGCUGUACGUACACCCGGUGCCGAGGGGGAGACGACGCAUGCGGAGCCGCGGAGGCAGCCGCCGCACCGCGCCGUUGCCGAAAAGCAAACAGGGGAAGAAAGCGGCCAACAGCACAGAGGGCACGUGGAAAAGAGGUCGGGCGGCGCAGGCGACAUUCCUGUCCCUGCUGAGAGAGCCGACACACGCUGCGCGGGGGAGCGCAGCCGCGCAGCUCCCCCCAGCGAAGCGCGCGAAGCGGAGGAAGCAGCGAGCCGCCGUGCGGCUGAAGAGCGCACGCGACUUUCUCCGGGUCAGGCGACGGCUGCGACGGAAGGCGAGGCCGACUGGGGGUGGACGCGAGAGGCGAAAGCGGUUCGAGUGGCACCCAGCGAUCCCCAAGAGAGGGAGCAGAGUCCUGACAUCGAGACGAAGACGAAGUACCGCGCUCACGAAGGACGAGCUGAGCCGCGCGUUGCUGAAGCCGAGAGGGCCGAGGCGCCGGUGGUUGCCGCCGGCGAAUCCGCGGCGACCGCGGGGAUCGCGCCCGACACCAAUGCGACAGGAGACGAACGGGGAGACGCCGCCGCACUCGCGUCGGAGCCGGAAGGGCUCAAGUGGAGGAAGGCGAGCGGGGCCCUGGGGCGCCAGGCAGUCGCGGGCGCCGAGCGAGGGGAAGGCGAGGAAGGGACGACCAAAGGCUGUAGAGGAGACGAGAGUGAAGCCAGUCUAGGACACCAGCGAGUGUGCACGGAGAGCGACACACUCGCCGAAGAGCGUCCGCGCAACAAUGAGCCAAGUCGUGGUUGGGCGGCGGCGCUGGAUGCCUUCGCGGCCGCACGCGCACCGCAGGCCCAAGGAGCGCAGACGCGGCUCGAUGGCGAGCGUGAAGCAGCGCCUCAGAGGCGCGACGAGACGCUUUCGAGUCGCCAGGCGCCAAACGAAGCGCCGUCUACUCCGCAUUUGGCGUCGCAGCUUGCGUGGGAGCGUGGGUACCCCCCGCGAGAAGGACAGGUUCGCGAGGAGACACCUGCGAGAGCUGGAGCUGUCUCGCGCGCGCCUCAGGAAGGCCAGGCGACCUCCCCACUGCCGAAAUGCAAAGCAGACUCCCAGGUGCCCGGUGCGACGCGACCGCGCGACGGUGAGGAGGCUGGCGGAGGCUGCGAGGCAGCCGAGGUCCAGAAUGAACGCGAUCGCACAGCCGCGGAGGCUGACGGGAUAACUGAGGCGCGCGACGGGAGAAGCCGACGGGCUCCGGCGGCGUCGCCGCACCGCCUCUGGGAGUCGCGGGGGGGAGCAGCCGAGGGCGAGGCGGCCUGGAGCGGGGCAGGGGGCGAACGGCAACGCGAAAAGACUGACCAGAGGGCAGAUCAGGCCGCGGUCGCGGCGCAGGAGACAGGAAGACGCGGUGGAACGCCCUUGAGUCUUUUUGAGGCGCGUACGCCUCUCGCAUCGCAACUAGCGGAUCCGUCGUGUGGAUCCGCGCGCUCCCCCCCGGCCUUUGUUGUGCAGCACGCCGGUGCUGCGUCGCCACUCUCGACGCAUUCGUCCUCCGUGGCGGCUUCCCUGACUUCGCCUGCGUCGCGCUCUCUAGCGAGUCCGCGGGCGGCAGGGCCGAGCCUUCUUCUCUCCUUUCCGGCUGUCGCCCAGGAAGUCGAGUAUUCGCCGAGUGCCCUACCCGGAGCCGAAGCGAGUCACGGCGGAAUGGGCUCUUUCGCGCCCACUGCGCUGUUCAGGCGCUCGCUGUCGGCGCCGAAUUUGCGGCGGCUGAACGACAGGCGAGUCUCUUUCAUGCCUCACUGCGAUUGGGUUGGUUUCCCCGCGGGCCUCUACGCGACGCUGGUGAGCUCGGGGCGCGCAAACCUGAUGCAGUCCGUGUAUGGCUACGUGAGCGUCUUGGGCAGCUCGGCGUCGAGCGACUUCGAAAGCAGUUCCUACUCCAGCGAGGAAGAGGAGGGAGUGGAGGAAGGAGGACGCCGCACCGAAGAGCCCGCUGAGACGCGCGGUCACGCGACAGCGGACGACGCGAGGUCGCGAUCGGGGUCGAUGUCUUCAGCCGGAUCGGCGUGGGGGGGCGACAGGACGCGCAUGCGAUUCAGGUGCUCGACGGACUCUGGAUUUUCGUCCUCCUUUUCUUCCGGAGACGAAGAGGAGCUCCAGGCGCCGCCCACAGCCGCCUCGCACGACGACGCGGGCUACGACGCCGGGGACGACCUGGCGAAGCGCCGCGGGGGACACAGGGCCGCCGCCGGAGCCUCCAGGGCCGCACAGGGCACCGCGCGGAAGGCGCGGGGGGGCGCCAAGUUGGCGGCGGGAGCUGGAGGGAGAGGGCCUUCUCGGCUCUCGAGGGGGCGGGACGACGAGGAGGCGUCUUGUGAGAGGACGCGGACAGCCGCCGAGCAGCGGAAGAAUGCAGAGCUGUCGUCGUCGGCGGCUCUCAGAACCUCCAGAGACCGCAAUGGGCGGCAGCAGAUCCGGGGCUUGCAGGAGGGGACGGCCCGCGGGGCGGCGGGAAGGGACUCGCACGCUUCGCGGUUGUCGCUGCUUCGCGGAGGCGAUACGCGGCGUGAUGAUACGAACCGUGUCGUUGCCGCCGCGCCUUUAGCGAGCCGACGAAGCCGCGAGCGACUGCCACAGGCGGGCGCCGCAGAAGACGGCGACCGAGAGGGAGGGGGGGCACAGGCGCUGCCAGCCGCGCAAGGCCUUGCGGCGCGGCUUCGCUCUGCCGGCCGACGAGUGCCUCGGCAGUGGGAGCAAGGCGAGAGACUUUCAGAGUCCGACCUGUCGAGCGAUGCCUCAGGCGUAUUUCCUCUACAUGAAGAAGAAGAAGAGGGAGAUUCUGCGCGGGGAACCAGCGACGAGCGGCUUCCGGAAGAGGCUGGAAGGUGUGGGGGGCGGGCCGUCUGCAGCGGCGCCCUGAGAGGACGCGAGACGAAACGAGAGCUAGCCAGCCGACGCGACGGCUCGCGGUCGCUGCGCAGUACGACGAGUAGUCCCGGUGUUGCGCCGUCGCCCUCGCAGAAGCUCUUAGCCGCCGACGAGGAAGGCGGAGACGAUCGGGUGCUGUUUGACUGCAGUACGUCGCUUCCCAGGUGGCGGCGCUAUUCCGCCUCUGAGCGGGCGACAGACGGCAGGGGGCGCGACCGAGGCCCAGACGCCGCCUCGCCGCAGUCCGUCUCGUUGCGCCGCGAGCCGCGAGGCCGGGGCGGAGGGUCGGUGGGGAAGGCCGAAGGCGCGCGAGGCACGCGGCAAAGCUGCGACGCGGGGAGGAGGCUGCCCGCGCGAAGCCGCGAAGGCCGAGAAGGGAGCCGGCCGGAGUCGGGGUCGGGGGCGCAGGGGGGGCUCGCAGGCGAGAGAGGGAGAGACGCCCAUCGCCGCCGGGAGCACCCAGGGCAACAGGCCCGCGAAGGAGGGGCGCGACGCAAGGAGGAACGCAGGAGUGUCGGCAGCCAUGGGGCUACGUCACGGUAUCCGUUCGAUCUGCGGCUGGCGGCUGGUGUUCCGCCGUGGUGGAUGUACGCCGUGUCGCCGUGGAUGGCAAGCCAGCUGCCAUCGCCCUCGCGGUCGAGGAGCACUUCGCUCCGGCCCGGUUUUUGCUCUUCGCCGGCGCUUUGCUCGGCUAGGCAGCAGCCCUCGGUUCCGUACGCGUGUCCGCUGUAUGAUCGAGACGCUGCCUCGCUGCACGCUUGCUACUACGACCCGCCAGGGCCCUCGCAGACGACUGCACACGUCCCGCAGUCGUUUUCCUCGGCGUCCCCGUGCUCGUCGCCGGCGUCGAGCUGUCCCUCUUCGGCCUCCUCCUCCUUCGCGACGUCGCUGUCUCCCCCGGUGCUGAGCUUCUCAGGCGCCUCGCCCGAGACGCGGAGCUCAGCCGCGAAGCACCGGGGGCCUGCGGACGCUGGCGACCGGGAGGCGGCCCUCGGGGACAGCCAGCCCGCGCUGCAGUCGCCGCCUUCGCCGCCGUCUGCGUACCUCCAUGCCCACCACAGCGGCCGCGGCGGCGGCCCGUCGCUGCCAUUCCCCUUUCUUCCGCCGCUGGCUUCCACCGCCGCGCAGGCCCCCCCACUCGGCGCGCCGCCAGAGGCCCCCAGGGCGGGUGCGGGGGGGGACUCCUUCGACUACGGAGACAGACUGUGGUGCCCGCGCGCGGCCGCUGUCCCCGUCAGGCGUCUCCGGCCGAAGCGCCGAGAAGCCGGGCGCCGGAAAACGCACUCGAAACGGCGAGGCAGAGACAUGAUACACGAUGGAGCCCCUGCGCGACUCAAGCCGCGUGACCAGCCGCUCCUGGGGUCCUUGCCGCCUGCCCCGCGGCGCCACUCGCUUUCCUCGCUUCACCCUGAAGCCCACCGCUCGCCUCCGGCGCUGCCUGAUCCGUUCGCAGCCGCGCUCCAGCGCGCGACACCAGCUGGCGAGCCCCCCGUCCCCCCGUUCUGGGUUCCCGCAGCGAACUCGGCAGGUCUCCCUGCGCACGAGCUCCAGUCGGGCGCCGCGCUGCGACCGCGGCUUGGGCGAGGGCGCGGUGGGACACCCUCGGGGACGGGCGGAGGCGGCAGGGACAGGCGCUCAGUGGCUGCCGCGUCCCCCGCAGGCGGGAGCGGCGAGGAGCCUGACCCGACAGAGGAGGGAAAACCAGACGCGGAGGGGGGACCUCCGAGCGUGUCGUUCGUGUCUUCCCCCUCAUCGGUUUCUGGCGACGGCGACCGGUGGCGCCAUCAAGGCGAAGAUCGGCGCUCGCCGCCGCCGGCGCUUGCUGGGUCUGCAGAAGGACGAGCUUCUUGCGCGUUGGCGAGGGGCGCGUCUGACAAGCGGAAAUCCAGAGAGGAGGCGAAGGCUGCGAGAUCGGCUUGGGCACCUCAGGGUGGGCAGGAAGGCAGCCACUUCGCAGUCUCGCACGGCAGCCGCGCGACGCCGUCCCCGAGGGGAGAGCGCGCCUCGAUGGGGGCCGCGGCGGCUGCACGCGGAGGGCCCGUGCCUCCGCCCUGGACUUGCUGGCCGCCCAGCUGGGCGCCGUUCUCGCUGGACGCGGCCGCCGCACUUCGCGUGGGCCUGGGGCUUGGUCUCGGCAUGGGGAUGAGCAGCGCGUCGCUGCAUGCAGGGCGCGCGGCGCACUUCUCUUCGCUCGAUUCGUCCCCCGCCGCGGGCGCGAUUCCUCCGUGGUUCCUAUAUCCACCUCCGGCAGCGUUUCCGCCGUUCGCCGCGUCGCCAGAGCUCCCGCCGGAUGAGGGGCGCGAGGCCGCGGGCCGAAAAGGGGAUCGCGCCUACGCAGGGUGGCCGCCUCCGGGGGCCUCGUGGGAAGGGCGGGGGGGACAUGGAGCCGUGCCGACCUUCCUGGAGUGGAUGCUGCAUCCGCGCGGAGUUCCGCCGCUGCAUGCCGCAGGAGGCGGGGCUCUGGCGGCAUCCUCAGGUCGGCGCCGAGUCGGUCGAUACAGACGCAGCCGAGUCGCGCCCGCAAGCGGCGGAGACGAAGAGGACGUUCGUGAGCACCGCAGGGAGAGAGAAUGCGAGGGAGAUGAAGACUCCGAUGAACACAGACGCAUGCAGAGACACGCCGGCGGUCGGGGCGCCAGGGAGAGGCCCGACUGGGAGGAGACGUUCGAGAGCGGAAUCGGAUUAGGCGGGCGGAAGCGAGAGGUGAGCAGCGAGGACGAAGCGAGCUGUCGAGAGAGGGCACGAAGAGAUGAAGGGGAAGGAAAACGAAGCAGAGUGAGACGAGGCGGUGAAGGGGGUUCGUCGCGGAGGGAGGCGUCUGCAGACAGUGGUGAUGCGGAGGCUAGGAGAGCGAAGAAAGGCCGAGAUGACGCGGCGGGCGUCAGAAAGCACUCAGGGAAAGAAGAUGCGGAAGUCAGACCGCGGCGGGGGAGAUCCGACGGCGCCGACACAACACUGACGAGAAGCGAGGCUGAGGCGGCAGCGGAGGCGUCAAGGCAGCCUGACAAGGACAGAGCGGCGCGCGAGGGCAGCCGAAGAGAGCAAGACGAAGAGAAAAGAAAGGUGUGA